AUGUUGCUGGAAGCCUUACUCGUAGAGCAGAGCAGCAGGCACGAGGCAUUGACAGACAAAGCAAGAUAUCCCAUGAAACUAAAUGAUAAGUUCGGUAAUAUUGGUGUGUCUGACGAAGUUGUGCUAGCAAUAGUUGGAGUGGAAUGUCCGGUGGAUGAUGUGUUUGCUCAGAGGUUAAUGCUUAAGAGGCUUCCAUUCUUCGACAACGCGCUGGACAUAGUUCAUUCAAUGCAUGUUCUUAGCAACUGGAUUCCAGAUGCUAUGCUGGAAUUCACACUCAAUGAAUGCUCGAUCGCUUCUUCUGCUUUGGAUCACAGCUGA